AUGAAAUUGAAUUCAAGAGGAGAUGCUGAUUCGAAACAAAAGCAGAAAAGAAGCAUUCAGGAGCUAAUGGAACGGGUUCGAGAGUUUCAAGAAGAUCAAGAGCAGAAUGCAGAGGUGGUUCAGGAAGAAACGAUAAUGGAGAGAAUGCAAGAGCUUGUAAUUCUAGAGAAAACUGGACAAUUGACACUAGAAUGUUUAACAUCUGAAGAGAGAAAGAGCUUCUUGAGCGAAGUAGCAGAUGGACGACUAGGAAAACUUGUGGAGCUCUGGACGCCGUGGUGGUUAAUGUCUGAGCGUAUAUACCGCCGGGAGACCACAGCUCGACGACGACAAUUGAUAUUGGAGGAGGUUAUGGAAGAUGAAUAUGAAGAAGAAAACGUUGUUGUAACGGUAAAUCGGGCAGUUUUGUAUCCAGUUGGGCUAUUCACGAACAGUGAGGCGCAGAAUAUGCCGAAUGACAUCAGUCUCCUGCUUCAAGGUGGAAGAAAACCGUCGCCGUGUCUGCGUUAUCAUAUGAUAGAAGUGAUUUUUGCGUAUGCGCUGAUGCUACGGGCUUAUAAUGGCGAUUAUGGACAAGAUGUAGCUGAAGCGGCACUCAUGUUAUUGGAUCUGUGCCAAGUCCUUAGUGUAGAUUCACGAUACGGGUCGGUUGAACACGCGUGCUUGGCUUGUCUAGAAAAGCAAUCGAGUGAAGGCCCAGCUGCGAAUGCACUGGCAAUCCAGGACACGCAGAAAAUAGUACGUUCUGAUGUGUUUCUACUUGAUGCGCUCAGUGACACGCGUACUCUUUUGGAGAGGUAUGCCGAAGAGCUUGAGCGUAGCCGUGAGUCCGACAAACAAGCGAGAAAGGAGACGAAGGUAGCAAUGAAAAAGCUUGCAAUCGUGCAGAAAAAGCUGCAGUUCUAUAAGGCCUGGGCAUACCUUACGUCGAUCGAUGAGUUUCGAGCGCUCGCAGUGGAGAUUGAAAAGUACGUAAAAGACAAAGAACUGCUUGGUGCACAAGGUUAG